GUAAGAUUAUUUGUCUCAUUUUAACAAUAUUCACAGCGCCUUUUUCAUAUCGAUUGGUAGAAAGAUAAUAACUAAAACCGCUGUCUACCCUGGGCAGUUAUCCGUAGCCUAACGUGUGUGUCACCACUUUUAACGAGUUCAUGACAAGUGUCCUCGCAACCGGCACCAGGGGCACUCAGCGCUAGCUAGCUGUAGCUGCUAACGCUGAGCUUUCCCCAGCAGGUUCACAAGUCAGCCAGCGGUUAUUACGGUAGCUAACGUUAACUCAACUGCUGUGAGAUUUCACUGUUGAAAGACGUCACUACGUUGGCUCGAGACAGUCAGUUUACGUUUGCGCGCGACUGACAGCUGCCAGGUUUAACAACAUUGGUGACAACUCAUAUUAGAGUCAGCCGGGGUGUGUGGGUAAAGUUAGCCAUUUAGCUAACCCACAACAGGGCGUUGGUUUUAGAUUACUACCGGUGGACAACCCAUGCGCUUUCUAUCUUUGGUAAUCCCUGUUUGUACUCUGUAUGUGGUUCAGUAGGUAGAGCCGUGUUCUCAGACAGUUGAAUUCCCCCCUCUACCCCUCCCAGCAUGGCUGCAGACUCGAUGGAGAUUGAUGACUCUCUUUACAGCCGCCAGCGCUAUGUGCUGGGAGACAGUGCUAUGCACCAGAUGGCCCGGUCCUCAGUCUUUCUCAGUGGAAUGGGAGGACUGGGAAUCGAGAUAGCAAAGAAUAUCGUCCUGGCUGGCGUGAAGGCAGUCACCCUUCACGACACAAAGCAGUGUGAAACCUGGGAUCUGGGCUCCAACUUCUUUAUCCACAAAGAGGACGUUUUGAGCCAGAAGAGAAGGGUGGAGGCAGUGUGCCCCCGGGUCGCAGAGUUGAACCCGUACGUCCAUGUUGAUGUGUCCUCGUCGGCUCUGGACGACAACACCGAUCUCGGCUUCCUCGGGAAGUAUCAGUGUGUGAUUCUGACUGAAGCCCGACUCAGCCUGCAGAAGAGAGUGAACCACUUCUGCCACUCCCAUCGACCCCCCAUCAAAUUCGUUGGCUGUGAUGCGUACGGCAUCUGCGUGCGGGUGUUUUGUGAUUUCGGAGAGGAGUUUGAGGUGUCGGAUCCCACAGGAGAGGAGCCCAAGGAGAUUUUCAUCCAAAGUAUCACUCAGGACAAUCCUGGGGUGGUAACCUGCAUGGACAACCAGCCCCACGGCCUUCAGACCGGCCAGAGUGUUGUCUUCAGAGAGGUCAACGGCAUGGUGGAACUCAACGGCACUGCACGGCCCAUUUCAGGUAUUAUUUCUGCAUAAUAACUUCACUGUUUUUGGUGUAUAUUUACGAUUGCAGUUGUAACACCAGCAUUACCGAUGAAUCACAGGUGUGUGUGUGUGUGUGUGUGUGUGUGUGUGUCCCCUUUUCAGGAGACAUUAGAGAGACAGUUGUGUGAUCCUCAGCUCCUGACUCCAGACUUCAGUAAACCAGAGGCCCCGCUACAGAUCCAUGCAGCCAUGUUGGCUCUGGACACCUUCCAGGAGCAGCACAGCAGACUCCCCAACACUGGGUGCUCGCAGGAUGCCGAGGUUUUACUGAAGCUAACGGAGGAAGUGAAUGCAACUCUCAGGAACAAAACUUCCGUGAACGUGGAGUUGGUGCGCUGUCUGUCGAGAACAGCGAGGGGAACCCUCCCUCCGUUAGCAGCGGCUGUGGGAGGUCUAGCCAGCCAGGAAGUUCUUAAGGCCAUCACAGGGAAGUUUGCGCCACUGCAGCAGUGGUUUUAUCUCGAUGCCAUCGAGGUCGUACGGCCACUUCAGUCCGUCGCUGCCGAGGAGUUUUCCCCAAGGGGCGAUCGCUACGAUGGGUUACGAGCCUGCAUCGGUGAAUCCAUGUGUCUGGAACUGCACAAGCUCAGGGUCUUCAUGGUGGGCUGUGGGGCCAUCGGCUGUGAAAUGCUGAAGAACUUCGCCCUGCUUGGGGUGGGAUUGGCCAGCAGCUCAGGAGAGGUAUGCGUCACAGACCCCGACCUCAUAGAAAAGUCCAACCUCAAUCGGCAGUUUCUCUUCAGACCGCAUCAUAUACAGAAACCGAAGAGCACCACGGCAGCAGAGGCCACUCUGGAAAUCAACCCGGACCUGCAGGUGGACGCUCGCCUCAACAAGGUGUGUCCCGCUACCGAGAGCAUCUUCAAUGACUCCUUCUACUCCCGCCUGAACAUGGUGGUCACCGCGCUGGACAACGUGGAGGCCCGCAGAUACGUGGACAGCCGCUGUUUAUCCAAUCAGAGACCUCUCCUGGACUCCGGCACCAUGGGAACUAAAGGACACACAGAAAUCAUCGUGCCAAAUUUGACUGAGUCCUACAACAGCCAUAGGGACCCCCCAGAAGAGGAGAUCCCAUUCUGCACUCUCAAGUCCUUCCCUUCUGUCAUAGAGCACACCAUUCAAUGGGCCAGGGACAAGUUUGAGAAUCUGUUUGCACACAAGCCCUCCAUGUACAACUCGUUCUGGCAGACACACCCCUCUGCUGAAGUGGUGCUACAGAGGAUGCAGCUAGGGGAAAGUCUGGAGGGGUCAUUCCAGGUCAUUAAGCUGCUAAGCAAACGGCCCAACAAGUGGGAACAGUGCAUCACGAUCGGCCGUCUGAAAUUCGAGAAGUACUUCAAGAGAAAGGCCCUACAACUGUUGCACUGUUUCCCUCUAGACACGAGGUUAAAAGAUGGAAGUUUGUUUUGGCAGUCCCCCAAAAGACCUCCAGCACCUCUUGAUUUUGACUUGAACGACUGUUUGCACUUCAGUUUCAUUGUCAGCACUGCCCGGCUCUUCGCGGGGAUUUACAACAUCCCUUACUCAGAAAAGGAUGUCACCGAAGAGGAGGUGACCAGGCUUCUCUCGGAUGUCAAGAUUCCCGAGUACAGGCCCUCGGAGAAGUGUAUAGAGACCAACGAGUCGGCAAAGAAGCCCGAUUCAAUGAAGUUGCCUCUGAGCAGCGAGGAAGAGAGGGAGGCCAUCACACAGCUGGAGGAGGCCAUCGCAACCGACAACGUCACAGCAGAGAGGCUACAGGUGAGCCCGCUGCAGUUUGAGAAGGACAACGACGCCAACGGCCACAUGGACUUUGUCACGGCGGCGUCCUCCCUUAGAGCCAGGAUGUACGCCAUCGAGCCGGCCGACCGACUCAAGACCAAGCGGAUCGCCGGCAAGAUCAUCCCCGCCAUCGCCACGGCAACAGCCGCUGUGGCUGGACUGGUGGCCCUCGAGUUGGUGAAGGUGGUCGGAGGCUACGAGUUUGAGUCUUUCAAAAACUGCUUCUUUAACUUGGCCAUCCCUGUAGUGGUGCUCACGGAGCCUGCCCAAGUCAAACAGUCACUCAUCAGGGACAACAUUUACUUCUCCAUCUGGGACUGUUGGACUAUCUUUGGCCACGAGGACUUCACUCUCUCUGACUUCAUAAAUGCAGUGAGGGAAAAGUAUGGAAUCGAACCCACCAUGGUCGUCCAUGGUGUGAAGAUGCUCUAUGUGCCUGUGAUGCCUGGGCACUCGAAGAGACUCAAGCUAACGAUGCAGAAGCUGAUCAAGCCAUCCGUGGACCGCCGCUACGUCGACCUCACCGUGUCAUUUGCCCCAGAGGCAGAUGGAGACGACGACCUGCCCGGCCCCCCUGUCAGGUACUUCUUCAGCCGCAAUGGAGAGACGCCCUGACGCCUUCCCUGGUGGCAUCCUCAAGCCUCUUGUGUCCUUACUCCUCCCUUCUGUCAUGUAAAUUGUUGUACCCCAAUAACCUGGGCCACGGCCUAGAGCUUUCCUUCAGGAUGAUGUCUGACUUGGGCAUAGCUCCUGGGUCCCAACACCAGCCCCCCCGCACCACCCCUCUGUACGUAAUGGAACAAGAAAAGGCCAGUCCUGGUCCCAGUUUUUCUUGCCCCGGAUCUAGCCAACACGAGGCUGCUUGAGUAGCACUUAACUGUACCUUUGUACAUAUAUUUCCUGUUCUGUUUUCUACUCUGGUAAAAAAAAAAAAAAAAGCACAGCUCCGGCCUGUGUCGAUGCCUUAAUUGAUUAAUAACCUUUUUUUCUGUUUGUGGCAGUGAGUUUGACUGAAAACUAUGUUUACAGAAACCUGCAACUUAGUCUUGUUUGUGUUUUAAAGUCUGCUGGGCCCAGGAGGGGGGGGUGAAGUGUAGUUGUUCGGCAUCACAUUCUUCUUCCUCUCAUUGCCAACCACAGAAUAUGACAGACGUCGGUCAUCUUCCUUUAUAGAAAGAGUUUGAGGCCAAUAUUUGUUAACAGUUAGAGGUGCAAAGACACUGACUACCAUUGUGUCUGCGGAGGAUUGUUCUGUUUUAAACAUCUCUAUCCCAGCGGGAUGGUAUUAGCCCAACAUUACGGAGCAGAUGUGCGUUGCUCUUAACUUCAUGGGUAAAAGCACCCACUAAUUGUAGCUGCUACUCUCACCCAUCAUGUUAAAUACUUAGGUAAUUACAGUAUCGACACCGGUUAACACAUUUGGGUGAACCACAUGUUCCUCAUUAGAUUAAGUAAUGGCAUGACUUCAAUUGUUUCACACACAGAAAAGAGGCUUUUUUUGACUUACAAAACAUCUGUACCACCAUCUGGGAUCGCACUCCUGUAUUUUUUGUUUUUUUCCAAACAUGAUCCGUGCUGUUGUUGCAUUUGUUUAUGGGUGUGUCCAUGACACGUAUUUAUUUACUCGUUACUCAUUUGUGUCUAACUGAGCCUGUGUUCUUGUUGUUGCACCGGUUUAUUAUGAAACGACAAACAAAAGUCAAACUAAAAGCGUUUAAGAGUGAAUCAGCCUUCUGUUUAGUUCCAGUUGAAGGUCGUGAAAAGGUGUCUUAGAAAUCGUCUGCAUCGGCUCAUAUUGGCAAGAAAGUCAAUGUAGUUGAGUGAAAUCAUAAAAGAUAUUUAGCUCUGUAUUGAUACUCUAAUACUGACAGGUUAUCGUCUGCAUCAAUGAAGACUAAAGACACACAAAAUGCUUCCCCGACCACGUUUAUUUUUCUCCCCGUAACCAGAGGUGGUGAAUUUGGCUUUUUACAGAAAACGUCACAUGUUGACACUUUUCUUUCAUAAGCGUAAAAUUGAACUGUUGUGCGACAAUGAUGACGAUGUAUGUUCCUGUGACUGACAACUCAACCAACGGUCUAAAAUGUGAGAUUUUCAGGAUGUCCUCCAGACUAUAGCUGCUCCGCAUCUUUUUGUUCUGAAUGCACCACGGUAGAUAGGAUAGUGCUAGUAAAUAAUCUGUAUCUGUUUUGAUGAUUUAUUAAUUAAAAAUUGUGGAGAAAAAGACCAAA